AUGUCCGAUCUUUGGUCUUCGAUAGCCUUUGCGAUUGACCCUAUGAGAACCGAAGCCAUGCCUGCUGUCCUACAAUCAACCAUCAAUCUCCUAGAGAGCGAGCUGGUGAAAGCCCGCGCUGCCCUGCGGGAUAUCAAGCCUAAUGCCUCCCCUUUCGGCUUCUUGGGCGAAGAGGUCGCCGUAGGGGCUAUGGCUGCGUAUAGACAAGACCUUAUCGGCCGCGCGCCCGACUUCUAUGGGUCGCGCCGUUUGACCCUGAAGGAACUCGGUCUGGCGCCUGUUGUGAGAGAACUGCCCGCUGAACGAGUGGUACCAAAGGUACCACAAUCUAUAGCACUUGCACCCACGCGUCCUACGUCGCUAGAGGAUGUCCUGAGCAAUAGUUUGGUGCUCGAUCAAAUGGCACCUUAUCUGACAGUAUCCUCCUUGAUGGCUUUGAGCUCAACUUCACGCCGCUUGCACACGGUCAUCACCCAGACGCCAUAUGUGUUCCGACAUCUCGAUCUGUCCCGCUGCCGGGGCGCAGAACUCUCUACGGGAACCCAAUCGGAGGACAACCUGCAGACGGAGGACGAUGUUUACUCGGCCCCAUUGAAGCGUAUAUUUAGGAGCCUUGAGCGCAGGGAUAUAUUGCGAGAUGUACGCACUCUCAAUUUGGACGGCCUGUCAGUGCCGGCCGAUUUGGUGGCCGAUAUUAUUCUGACAGAUCGCUUUAACAUCAACAUCUUGUCCAUUCGUGAAUGUCGCCAUCUAAAUGAACGGAAGCUCAUGCAGGUGAUUCAGCAUGCUGUCCGGCCUACACGCCCUGCAGGUACACCGCGAGUGAAAGGUAUCUAUCACUUCUCUCCCAUGCAGACGGGCCCUCAAGCAGUGGCGAGGCCCAGGUAUAGAGACUGGUGGGGAGCCCGUGUAGGGGCUUCACGGAGUCCCAGUCAGACACCAAUCAGCUCUGGUCAGGAGGAUGAAGCGUCAUCGACACCAUCGCCAGCGAAGCACCAGCAGAAUGAGUGGUACAGCCCAUCAGGGAAGCUGUUCAAACACAACCUUGAGGAGGGCUGGGCCCAGGUGCUUCAAAAGUGUGAGGGGAUCAUCGCCUUUGAUGCCACUCUCUGUCGUGGCCCGAGACACGAUCCCUCCCUAUACAGAUCAGCCACAGAAGAUAGCAACCCGGCUGAGGUGCCCUUGCUUGGACCUGCCGUGGCCACAGUGGCUCUCGGACCCCGUGGAUGUGACGGGUGCCACAGUUCCCCGGAAGGCCCAGCUAUUUGGGGCCAGUCUCCAGAUUCACAGUUUCCAAUGUUGAGCCCCCCGCCAUUGCAUUCGUCUAGUGUCGAAGCAGCCAAAAGGCCGGAGUUAUUCCCAGGCGAGCAUCCGGUCCUCAUCGCCCGCUGUGCGGACUGUCUUACGAACCGCUGGUGCCAUCGUUGCAACAAGUGGUUCUGUGACAACUGCUUGCCGAAUCCGCAGCAUAUACGAGUGAAUUUGUCCCCGCACCAGACCGCUAUCCACACCAGCGCCGCUGAGAUACAAGAACGCGAGAGACUGGAACGAGGUAUCUCGGUCGAUUCUGACCAUGGCAGUGUGCGUCUUGCAAGCUGGAAUGCCAGCACACAUGUCAAGGCUGUCAAGGGGAUUAUUGCAUUCAACAUAACGAGGGAUGCUCAAAAACACUGUGCGACUGGUGCAAUACUAGUGCUCGGGGGCGAAUGCGUGGCGACCUCUAUUAAGAGAGUAACCAUUUCAAAAUCAUUGACAAAUACAGCGGAAUGA